AUGCGUCUGCUCAAGGUUGAAGGUGAUGGCAGUCUCGGUCUGCAUAAAGACCUCAUCGAUGACUUUCCCCCCUAUGCUAUUCUAUCACACACGUGGGGAGCUGACGACCAAGAGGUCACCUUUAAAGACCUGGUAGAUAAUACAGGGAGAGAAAAGGCUGGCUACAAGAAGAUCGAGUUCUGUGCCAGGCAGGCCGUUUCUGACAACCUCCAGUUCUUCUGGGUGGACACUUGCUGCAUUGACAAGGCGAACUAUACUGAAUUGUCAGAGGCAAUCAACUCCAUGUUUCGCUGGUACGAGAGAGCAGCCAGGUGCUAUGUCUACCUCUCCGACGUUAGUGACGGGGGCCUUCCGGGGUCUGCGUCUAACCCGAAUAACUGGGAGGCAAGCUUUCGAGGCAGCAGGUGGCUCACGAGGGGAUGGACGCUCCAAGAACUUAUUGCGCCGUCAUCUGUGGAGUUCUUCUCGAAAGAAGGCCAUCGACUGGGUGACAAAUCAUCGCUGGAAAGCUUGCUCUGCGACAUAACAGGCAUCCCAGCUGCUGUCCUUCGGGGCACACCACUCUCUCAAUCCAGCAUCCAGGACCGCAUGUCCUGGUCUGACAGGCGAACGACGAAACGCGAGGAAGACGGAGCUUAUUCGCUUCUCGGCAUCUUCGGUGUGAAUAUGCCCCUUAUCUAUGGCGAAGGGAAGGAGAGCGCUUUCACUAGGCUGCGAGAAGUAAUCGACAAGAGGUCCAAAGCUGGACGUGCCCACUCGCCGUCCUCUGAACGAUCAUUCAGUGACGAUGAAAAGCGCUGCAUUCAGCAGUUAGGGAAGUUCGAUAUAUCGGACUACAAGCGCUUACUUCCCAAACCAGCCCACGGUACUUGUCAGUGGGUUCUGCGCCAUCCAUCGUUCGUCUUGUGGCUUUCGAAGGCAGGAAACGCUCUGUUAUGGCUCACCGGCCACGCCGGAUGCGGCAAGACGGUUCUCACGUCUUUUCUCGCCCAGUAUUUCGAACAGACCCGGUCCCUCCAGAUCUCUUCUCCCAAUGUCCUAGUAUACUUCUGUGAUGACAAGAUCAAUAAGCAGAAGGAUGCAAACGCGAUUCUUAUCGGCCUGAUCUUUCAGAUACUACAGCGCCACCGUUCAAUGAUUCGAUACGUAAGAAGAAUGUUCGAGCUUCUGGGUUCAAGCAUGAUACAGUCGUUUUCGGCACUUUGGGGUAUAUUCCAAAAGAUCACCCAAGAUCCGGCAUAUGGCCACCUUUACGUCUUCGUCGACGCCCUGGAUGAGUGCGACAGCGAUUCUUGCCGCCAGCUGCUUGACGCCAUCGGUGCCCUGGUCGCCCAUCCACUUCACUCCACAGAGUCUCCCAAUCAGAUCAAAUUCCUCCUCUCGGGCCGGCCCUUGAUCAGUCUUUCCAGUGUUGGAGUGCCACAGGUUGUGGCCCAACGGAUCUCGGUUGACGAGCACCAGCCUGGGUACAGUGAAGAUCUGCGACUUUACAUCUAUCAACGAGUGAACGAGAUCUCGACCAAGCUCAACUGCUCGCAUCAAGUCAAAGAUUACCUGUUGCAAACAUUACAGACUAAAUCCGAUCAGACCUUUCUUUGGGUGCAUAUGGUCCUUACGUCCUUGGAAGGAAGCCUCCUUGCGUCGAUGAAAGAUUUUCGAGACAUCAUCAAUCAGAUCCCUCGUGAUCUCGAGUCUGCUUACUCGAGGUUGCUGUCGGCCAUCCCCUCUGAGUAUCAACACACAGCCUCACUCUUGCUGAAGCUUGUAUUAGCGAGCUCGCGGCCUCUAGAUCUGGACGAGAUCAACUUGGCCUUUUCCAUAAACUCUUUACACAGCUGCACAGACGAUGUUAAAACCGACUGCCAACCCGACAUUCUCCGUACCGUUCAAGGGGUGUUGGGGCCGAUGGCGCGGAUUUCGGACUCCAAGGUAUCUCUGGUGCAUCAGUCCGCCAAGGACUUUCUUCAAGGGGCUGAACGUGACUACGGUAGUUUCUCCUUCCAGUCAUCCCUCGACGUGGGGAGUUGCGCUCUACACAUGUCGGCUGCUUGCAUCCACUAUCUGAUGCUUGAUGACUUCAUGGAAGAGUUCUCCGAUCACACUCUUUUCACGGAUGAAUCUUCUGGGGCCUCCCAUACGACAUAUUCUGGGUCUCUGUCCAGCUCGCCGGACCCUUUCCUGUCUGAAAACCUGCGAAUAUUGAGCGAAGACUUUGGGCUGAAUCUCAGCUCAGACAGUUUACCCACAGUCCAAGAAGCGAAUUUGCUGGGCACAGAGCUGUGUGAAGCUGUCAUGUCCCGAUACAAGCUCUACAGCUACGCAGCACUUCAUUGGACAGAGCACUACGCGAUUUGCGAGAGCUCUGCAUCUGAUGAGCUAAUAAUCAAGGCGGAAUCUCUCCUUGAUGCUAGCUUUGAGAACUGUCGCAAUUGGGUACGCUACUAUUCGUCAAAGGUCGCGUCCGCGGAUGAUGACGACAUCAUGGAUUUCGAGCCCAUUAUGCUAGCAGCGUAUUUCAACUUGCAGAAGACGGUGGUGCGGAUGUUACAAAGCGACACAAUUUCAGCUGUCGCUAAAGACCGAAGUUUAUUCUGGGCGGCUCGAGCAGGGCACGGCCGAGUUGCGAGUGAUUUGCUGCAUGCUGGUGCUGAUCCGAAUCUACACCACUCCAGCCGACAGACACCUAUCACAGUUGCUGCCGAGAAUGGACAUGUUGGCUGCGUUACUAUGUUGCUAGCUGAUGUCCGGACUGAUACAAUGAUGGCGGGGAGGAGUGGUAGAAGUGCGUUGUCAUUUGCAUGUGGCAAUGGACACGACGAAAUGGUUGAAAAACUGUUGCGGCGAGAUCAGCGCCUUGCAAUUCAACAAGACCACUACGGAUACACUCCGCUCUACUGGGCUGUAGGUGGUGGUUACAUGUCAAUAACAUCCAAGCUGUUGAGGCAGCCAGGUAUCGUCGUCAACCAUCGGGACCACAAGGGGCGCACCAUCGUCUCCCACGCUGCAGGUGAUGGCAUGGAAGAAGCCUUGAGUCGGCUACUCAAGGUCCGUGGCGUCGACCCAAAUCUGGCGGAUGACAAGGGCAAGUCACCCCUCUCUUGGGCUGCCGGCAAUGGUCAUGCCGCUGCUGUCGCAGUGCUCACUCGAAGCAAGAAGGUCGACAAGUCCAGCCAAGAUCAUGACAGGAGAAACGCGAUUUCUUGGGCUAGUGCAGGUGGGCAUGUCGACGCAUUGCGAAAGCUCAUCCAAGCCAGAUGCCCCGGGAUCGACGCCCAGGACGUCGAUGGAUGGGCUCCUCUAGCCUGGGCGAUCCAUAAUGACUCGUCGGCGCUGGUCCAGACACUUCUCUCGACCGGUUUGGUCGAUCUCGAGAGACGCGAUCACAGUGGAAGAACGGCACUGUCGUGGGCCGUCGAGUACGGCCAUGCGUCGGUGGUCAGGUGUCUCCUGGAAGCGGGGGCCGAUGCCAAUACCGUGAGCGACACGGACGAGACGCCGAUCCAGGUCGCCGUCGACUAUGGACGUGAUGAUCUUCGGGGUGAGCUUCUCCGCUACAUUAGAUAG